AUGGCCAACAACGAAAGAAGAGAUUUAGCAGAGAGAGAGCUACUCAUCGCAGAACUAGAAGAAGCUCGCAAUAAAUAUUUGGAAUGUGAGCCAAUAAUCCAGGCAAUCAAACAAUUUUUGACCAAAAAACAUGGAGACGUUUUUGAAAAACAGGCGAGUCUUCAUUUCAAAGCUGUGAGGUAUAUUAGUUUUCAGGAACAAGAUGUUAAAAAUUCGUAUAAAGAACUCCAUCCAAUUUUGGAAGAGAUGCGAAGAAAAAGAGAAAAUAUAUCAGAGGAUGAUCCAUUUGAUGCUUCAUUCUUGGAUCUGAUUGCGAGUUUGGACAAUGGUGAAUUUGGUGUAUCAGAAGUCACAGAGAAGAAAGAACAUUUAAUUCGCCUCUCCAACGACGUUUGUAAGAAACUUGAUGGUAUCAGACUCCAACUAAAUUGUGUCAUUGGCAUAAUCCCUAAAGCCAUCAGACUGGAAAUAUUCCAAAAUCUAUUGAGGGCUUUUGGUGAUCUUCAAUUAACACUGGCUCAAAUUUUGACUAGUUUCAAACUGAAAAACAAUGAUUCAACACUUGUUGAAGGAAUGAAAAACUGGGCAGCGAACAAUGGAACUAUAACUGUUUUCCUCACAGAGACUAUCCUAAAUUUACCUGGAUAUGGAAUUGAGGAAGAGCAAAUAAAACCGAUCGAUGAUCUUCUGAAUCGCUCCAUAGCCGUCUACUCUCCAGAACUAUUCUUCAAUUUUGUACGAGUCAUAGGAAAGGCAGAAGAGACAAUUGAUUAUAAGGAGAAAAUUGAAGAUCACCAGCGUCUUCUGGGAAUCUUAAUUGACGAGAUUUGGAAUAUGACCGAGUAUAAAUGA